AUGAUAGUGGUCAUCAAAGAAAAGCUGAGUUUCUACAGUGACGUGUGGAGCUCAGUGUUCCUUCAUUCACCUGGUCACAGGGAGUCUCCAGGCCAUCGUGCUGGGCUCACUUCUAGAGACAGCAUGAGGGACAUGUUGCGAAGUCCAGAGAUGAAAUACAUGGAGAAACUGGUGCCUCUCUCUGAGAUGGUGUUGGAUCGUGAGCUGGUCAGUAUCUUCAGAGACACUCUGCGUGAUGGUUCUCGACCCAGUGCGCUUACCCUCCUAAAAUAUCCUGCUCUCAAAAAUCUGACAUGUAUGAGCACAACUUUCCGGCACUACGACAGAGAGAGGGAGUGA